AUGUAUCCCUAUGGUUCGGACAACGGUGAUAGCGAGUUUCGUCUUGGCGACUCCAACUAUUACUACUAUGGCCACUGCUUGGAACUCAAAGUAGAUCGCUUUGGAUUUCCAUUCUUCAGUGAGAGGCAUUACAAAUUACAUGUAAGUGUGGUUCAUUAAUGUGUAAUAAUGAUAAUAAUGAUAACAAUAAUAACUUCAACCUUCUAGCUUAGCACAAUUGCUGACCAAUCGGGGAGACAAAUAAUAAACUAAGACGGGUAAGUUAAAGUCCCAAUUUCCCAGAAAGCAGCCAGACGUUGACGGUUUUUCAGAGUGCGACUGAUCUUCUUUUCAAAUAGAGGAUACCUUCGUCUUUAUUGGAAGUAGAGAAGGGCCAUAGAAAUACUAAUGAUGAGUUUCAGGCCAGCAGAUCAUAUUAUAAGGGAGCUUCAAGGAAGGCAAAUUCAUUUUUACACUGCCGUCGUCGUCGUGUUGCUUAAGGUCCCUUUUGACUCAGACUGACUUGAGCUAAAACCGUAAAACAACACACCGACAAAAACGGAAAAGCCAGGGAAAGGGCAUAGGUGGCCGGGGAAGACUGGAUGCAUUCAAGUUGUGACUUUGAAGAACGUUAGUCCACCAUUUUUACUGUAUCACAACUUACACGCCAUCCAGUUAGCACACUUCUAGUGCAAGUUAGCUUGUUUCCAGCGUUCAGAUAAUGGAAAUAACGCGUAAGAAACAGGGACUUGUUAAGCCCCCGAAAUAGAGAUCAGAGGUGUAGAAUUCAAACGACUAUUUUACUAGCCCGGUAGGAGGAAUUUAAAAAUAUCUCUGUUGUUUAUCUUCAAAAUAAUGCCUGCACCGAUUUAUCCGGUAAAUAUUUUGACCCAGAAUAGCUUUCCUGGUUCUUAGAGUAUUAGGCAGCUAAAGGAAACACAUCGACGACGGCAACGACAACGUCAAAAAACAAAUGGUUUUUAAGAAGGGAACGUAAAAAAAUAAGCGAAUCCACACUGCGAAUCAAAAAGAGGAGAGGUUGUAGACCCUGGUGAUUUCGCUCACUGAGUUUGUCGCACUAGGAGCAUUUGAUUUGUAAAGUGCAUGUCAGUUAAGAAGUUUUAAACGCGAGAGAAAGAAAGAAAUUUUCAAAGAGAGGUCAAACAUGAAAUUAGAGUUGCGGAAAGGAAAUUUGUGAUGGAGCAGAUUAAAAAUAACAAAAACAGUACGAACUCUCAUUGGAAAACAAUUCACUUAUGCAAAUCGAACAAGUCACAAACACAACGAAUUUACGGCCUAAAAUGAAAAAGCGGUGGCAAAUGUCGGCGGAAAUACAGUAAAGGAGAUCACUGAAUUAGCGUCAAAAUUUGAUGAUGAGCUCAGAAAUACCGCAUUCACUCCAAGAACUUACGCGACAUCAGAGCAAUUCACUUUAUACGCUGUAGAAAACAAACAGGUAGAAGCAACUGUUAAUUCAAUGGCAACACACAAAGUACCUGGCAUGGAAAAAAUUCCUGUACGAGUAAUUAAAGAUUGUCUUCCUUUAAUACUGCCUUCUAUCACGUCUAUCAUUAACACGUCCUUCGCCACCAUUACAUUCCCAGAAGCGGGGAAGCUGGUUGAGGUGACACCCAUCAUUAAAAGUGGCAAUCACCUGGUACCCAAUAACAAUAGGCCAAUUUCACUUUUGUCAGCUUUGUCAAAAGUGUGCGCAAGAGUGGCUCAUAACCAAUUUACCACUUAUCAAGUCUCAAAGGAACGUUUGACCCCGAAACAGAGCGGAAAUAAACAAUACCACACAAAUGAGACCACAUUGAUUCAAACUACCGAUCAGAUACUACGCACUAUGGGCGACAAACACUUAACCGAAAUAGUUCUUGUCGAUAUGAGUAAGGCUUUUGAUAGCUUACAACAUGGAACUCUACUGGCCAAACUUUAGGAUGUUGGUGCAUCUUCCACCACCAAGCAGUGGUUCCAGAGUUAUCUGUCGUCCCGAUGUGAAGUCGUACCCAUCAACACUACUCUGCCAGACCGCGUGCAAAUAACUAACGGUGCACCUCAGGGAAGUAUCCUCGAGGCGCUCUUGUUCAGUAUUUCUCUUAACAGCCUUGCAUAGGUCAUGCAGCACUGCACCCCACAAUGCUAUGUUGACAGUACGAAACUCUUGUUAUCCUUGGUACCCCAGUCAGAAACAGAAUGAAUCCAGGAUUUGCUCAAAAUCCGGAACUGAUGCUUUGACAACCAACUCGUAAACCCAAACAAGACGAACUUAGUGAGUUCUUAAAGCAUACAAAAUAUUGCAAAAGUAAAUGAUUUUCAUCUGUCCCUUCUUGAGAAGGACCUUGUAGCUUGUAACAACUACUAUAGACUUCGGUUUUAUUUUGGACUGAAAUCUAACUUUUAAUGACCAAGUAAUACAACCUGUUUCAUCGUCUAUGUCACAUCUCGCUCAGAUUAAUCGAAAUAAGCACUCUUUCGGCAAGCAGUCUCUUACUACUAUGAUAACUGCAUUAGUCUUUAGUAAACUGUUUUACUGCUCCACUGUUUGGAGUAACACCUCUCAAACAAAUUUAAGCAAGUUCUAGGCACUCUUUCGCCAGGCAAUCUCUUACUACUAUAAAAUAUACAUUUCUUUUUUAGUAAACUGUCCUAUUGCUUCUUUUUUUUUUUUUUUUUUUUUUUUUUUUUUUAUUGUUUUUACAAACAUAAUGCUGACUUACUUACAUAGUACUUACUUACUUACAUAAAGCUUUAAUACCUACUUACAUAUAACUUGCUAAGAAGAAAGCUUCUCAACGGGAAUUCUAUCCAUACUUAUGGAUUUAUUCGAAGGCGGUUGUAAUUUACCUUUCAUUAUUUUAAUCCAGUUAGGAGGAAUUGCUUUGCAUAAACCGUAGUAGGUAAGAAAAUUAGUUUUAAGACCAAAAUAAGAGCAGAAGUCUUGGUGAGAUAGAAAGGUAUUGCCGUUGAAGAGAUCUCCAAUUUUUUCAACACCCGCUACAUGCCAUGCUUUAUAGUAUACUGAAUAAUUGUUGAUCCUAAUAAAGCGGUUGUUCCAUAAGAUCUCAUUCAGUAUUUCUUCUUUUGAGGAGGGAGUGAACGAAUUUAUGGAUUGCCAGGCCAACAAGCCUUUCUCGUAAAAGAUCAAUGGAAUGUGGAUGUUAAGAUGUUUAAGUUCAAAGUUACAUUUAAGGAGAAAGAGACCACCAACUCGCUCUAGCAGGGAAACAGGAAUGUGAGUCCAACUCGCGGUGCUUCACUGUUUGGAGUAACAGCUCUCGAACAGUUACAGGCAGUCCAAGAUUUCGCCUGUCGUAUUGUAAGCGGAAAAGGAGAUUCGACCACAUAACUCCAUCUUUAAAGGAAUUGCGCUGGUUGCCGGUUAAUGAGCUACUCUACUAGCGAGAUGCCAUAAUGGCAUUCAAGUGCAUGGCGGGACGUGCCCCAGGAUACCUAUCCGCACAGUUCAGACGAUGCGACGUUACAGUCUCCAAAUCAAGAAAUUCCUCUUUUUAGAACCACUUAGCGGCCAAAGAGUCACCUUAUGAAAUUCUUUAUCAAAUGAUCUAAACUUUGGAAAUCAGUGAGCCAUUUUAAACGAUACCUAAAUUAAGCCUCUUACGCUCUUACGUAAUUUUGUCUGGAUACUUUAUUAAAAUUGACUUCUACUAUUUGCAAUAUUUUUUUAGACUCAUUUUAUCCUUUUAUUGUGUUUGUACUAUAUUUACUUAAUCUUUUUUAUAGUUUUUAUCGAUAUUUUCCUCUAAUUAAAUAGUUCUUAUUGUUGAAAUAUUAUGAGUAUAUUAUAGAUUUUUUUUAAUUACUGUCUCUGAGGAAGAGGGAAUAUAGUAUGUAUGUAUGUAUGUAUGUAUGUAUGUAUGCAUGCAUGCAUGCAUGCAUGUGCAUGCAUGAUACCGUGGCGAUCAACUAAAGAGGUCGUUAGACGAAACUGGUUUUGUUAAUCGCCAUAUAAAUUUUAUAGUGUGUUGAAAGUGGAUACAAAGUGGGUCUUUUUCUACUGUUUAUUGAAAUAGUUUUACUUACUUACCUAUUUAUUUAUUUAUUUAUUUAUUUAUUUAUUUAUUAUCUCCAUUGGAAAGAAAGUGAGUUGUAACGACUGCGAAAAAUCUGUUUUUCUUAUUUUUGUGUGGCGGUUAAAUUGAAUUAAGGAUUUAUAUUGUCGGCUAUCCACAUUUAUUUUUGUUUUGCACAUUCCAGAGAACUGGGAUAAAAAUCGAAACUUAUAUAUGAAAAAGUAAGGCAAUUUCAUCGACUGUAUUUUGCAGAUAUGCCGCAAUGGAAAAUUACAACUGAAUUAUGAAUGGAGCUUUUGGUGGCCGCAAAAGUUCGGUGUGUAUAGAUGGUUUCGAAAUUAUGCAAUCAUCGCUCCAUUCUGGGCGCUCACGGACCAGUAUUUGGCUUUCAAAGCUGGAUAUUCAAAAGUAUAUUAUCACGUGUACAGUCAAGUCACUGAUCCUACAAGGAGAAUUCUGGACAAAGCCUCCGAACAUGUUCGACUGUAUGACAAUAGCAAAAAAUUCUCCACCUUUGAAGCGGAAUGGGUUCUGGUUGUAACCUGGGAAAACUUAUGUCCCUAUGUCUACUACCCUUAUUGGUACUACUCUUGGUUCAACUGGGGUAUACCCAAUCUUGAUUGUCCCUUGGUAAGUAAUUAAAACCUUACUGCCGUAAUGGAGUAUGUUUCUGACAAUAAAGGAUAGUUUUAAUUUUCCAAUAUGAGAUAUUCGCGUAGACGAUCUUAACCCCCAGAGGACCCUACUUAGGACAAACAAGAAACAUGAAUAACCCACUGUAUAAGACAACGAUAUCAUUUUUUAGCCAUGUUCAGAACAAUAGGGCCAUUUAUACGAGGAAAAAUAAGACGCGAACGUUCCGUAUAAACGGCACAUUUCGUCUAAAAUAAGACGCGUCUUAUUAGAUAAGACAUGCUCGUAUAAAUAGGACAGUUCGCGUCUUAUUUUUCCUGGUAUAAAUGGCCCUAAUGUCAUAAUGCUUUUUUGUAUGCUGCUCAGGACAGACAAACCCAAAAACAUGCCCCGAACUACAGCAGUACGCCCUGGUAUAUUUUAAUUUUUGACGAUUGAAGCCUUUCUCCCAAGACAAUUUCUGUUAUGUUAUUGUAGGAAAAUUUCAAAUUUGGUUAGCUUUCUCUCGUGCCGAAAUUUUUAGGGAUUUAAAACAGAGGAUUAUUUUGAAUUAAUACUAAUUAUAGGUGAAUACAAUUGCUUAGCUUUUACAUGAUAAAAAUUCUAAUCGCUGUAACGAGAAGUGUGGAAAUUAGAAUUCCAAUCAUCACCAUUAUGUUGAUCAUUUUCUUGGCAGUUCAGAAACAAGAACUAUGAAAGAUAAUUGGUAGCUUGUUCUCAAGGUAUAUCUAGAUGGCGUGCUUCCCAUGUCUAUUACCUUCGCUGACUCAACAUUGCUUUUUUACAGUCCAACACCUUUCAAGCAGUCAUCAUUACAGAUUUCCUCAACUCGUUUUUGAUGUUCAAUUAUCCUCAUGGAGGAAUUCAAUGGGUUGCUCCAGUCUUACCGUAAGUACAAACCAUCAAACACGCGGCAAGUAAGAACGCUCUGUCAAAAAAUUCAAAAUUUAGCCAGGAUUUCUCUCGUAAUCAUGCUCAUGGUAUCAUAAAUUAAGCAGCUCAACACACAAUGACAACAAUAAAGCUCUAUGGAUGACGGUGUCCUUAGAAUAAUUCAGCAUGAUCAAGAGUACUUCACUCUUAGAGCUCGAUCUUUCGCUGAGUUGUAUGAUGGCCAUAAACCAUUUUCAAUAUGAGGCUUUUUUGCGUUAGUUGCCUUCAGUUUACGCUCGUUAACGCUUGAGCAGUCUAAGGUCUGGUUUCCAUAUGAUCGUCCGGAUCGUCCCGAUCGUCCCAGUCGUCUCAAAAAUGUUCAGACGAUCGGGACGAUCCUAUGGAAACGCUACCCAGACGAUCGCAAACGACCCGGACGACUGAGACGACCUCGAUCGCUUGAAUAGAGUUGAGUUCUAUCCGGACGAUGGGGACGAUCAAGUAAAUUUUGAAGCGAUCAUAUGGAAACGCUCUCAGACGACUGAGACGAUCGGGACGAUCGAAGGCUAUCCAAGAGGUCAUCGCUUUUAUUCCAGUAAUCGAGAAUAAAAAUUCGGCCCGGAUGGCACUGAAGCCGAAAAAUAAUACAAAAAUGUUCGCAGCGCGUAUGGGGGUUAUUUGAAAUUAGAGAAAGUCCGUGACAUCAAGUUUUCGAAGAGAUAAUAUGUCUUCGGGGAACUCUUCUAGCUUCUCAAUCCCGCAAAAUCAAGAGAAAAGGCAAAUACAAAGAUACGAGGUUCGCUUUACGAAUAAAAAUCAUCCAUUUAUGUGGCUUGUUUGCAAAACACGCCCAAAAAUUCUAUUGUCUGACCCAGAGACAUCGCUGACGACCCCGCGUCUCUUGCCUUUGAGGCGAUCGAGACGAUCAUAUGAAAACUACCAAUCGCCCAGUCGUCCGGAUCGUCUCGAAAUAUUUUGAAACGACUGGGGCGAUCGGGACGAUCCGGAAGAUCAUAUGGAAACCAGGCUUAAGGGAAUGCGUGCACGCUAAAUCCAGGUCGACAAAAAGUGGAAAAACUUACAACAAGGUGGAAAAAAUGGAAAUUUCAAAAAGGAAAUAUGAAGUGAACAAGAAGAAAAUGACAAUAUACAUGAUAAGGACAAAGUGGGGAAGGGUUUAACUUGUUGUGUUACAUUAAAUGAGUGGAAAGGUGUUAGCUUGUUUUAAUGUUCAUGAUGAAAUUACAGUUUGCUUUUUCUUUUGGUUAUUGACCUUUCUGACUUAUGAAACGUUUUCAGAUAUCAAUUAUACACUUUGAAGUAUCAUAUUUAACCUUUUUGCAGAUACUAUUAUCGGUACUGGACAGACUGGUAUGGAAUUCCCGCUGCUGGGUGGAACGCAGGCGAUAAUGGCGAACACUAUUUAAACAUGAAAGGGUAGGGUUAAGAAAUUUAAAAUCUUUUACGUCAUCUCUGUCUCUUGAACUAUAGUACUUUACUUCUUGCUUUGUUACUUGCUGCAGAAAACAAAAAUGGGUUGAAAUAAAGACGGCUUUGGAAUAAUCUUGAAAUUGAGAAACAAUAUUUGUGUUUGAGAACAAACGAGAAUAAUUUUAAAGUGUUAUUUGUAUUUAUUUUUAGCUCGAGAAAUUUGUAUGGAAUGUAUGAUCUGGACAAGAGGGCAGGAAACACAGGCUUGACGGGAAGGUACUUCUGGAGGAUUGAGAACAGUGAUGGAGAAAAAGCACUGGAAAGGUGCCUCUCUUGGGCUCGCUUUCAACUGAAAAUCCUCUUUCUCUAUUGGCAUGCCAGAUUCGUUAAGUCAGACAGUAGCAUGGCCUGUCCUUGCUCAGGUUGGCAAGCCUGGUUUGACAGAAGAUUCUUGUGGGACUGGCGAAAGUAUUCCUGGCCCGAUUGGUGCUUCGAAUCCAGACGAGUAAAGUAUAUUCGGUAUAACUUUUUUGGAGGAUAUGUAUAUUUCAGCAUGAGGCAACUUUGCUGUUAUUCCACGGAUUGGCAAGACUGGGCAUCUCUUAAGAUUGGACCACCAGACGGAAGCCAUGUUAAAAUGCAACUACAUUAUUAUUACUAUUGGUGGGGGUGGAAUCGUGAUCAAAGUGUUUACGAAGACCAGCAGGCCUAUAAACAUUGCUGUGUUGAUAUACCAUUCUGCAAUUUGUUCUACAUUUUUCGCCCGUCUGAUGACUGCCAGCGAUAUAUACCUCCACAAAUACGUACGUGUACUCUAAAAUAAGCUCUCUUUCCUCCUUGCCAAACACAAUAACUUACUGACUGGAUGAUAUACCGGUAUCCUUUGCACAAGUGAUCAUGAUGAAACACUUCGCCGACGGACCAACCGACCGAGAGACUUACUGAUCAACAGCCUGCGAGCAUGCUGUCCGGGUUACCCGCAGGCUAACUGAUCGACAUGCCGACUGACCGACCCACCGUCCUCAUGAAAAGAAAAUCGACUAGCCAAAUUAUCCAUUGCGAAAGCUCACUGACUGACUGACUGAAACGAUGAAUUAUAUGAAUCUACUGACCCUAACAACUAAGAGGACUGGGCUGAGCUGGGCCGAAUAAAUCAUUGAUUGACCAACUAACUCUGGAAUGCCUUUUUGACUGACUGACUGACUGACUGGCUGGCUGGCUGGCUGGCUGGCUGAUCUACAAACGAAAGAAAGAAAAACGUAAAGGGUUGUUCACCAUUUACGAGGGCAGCCCGGUCGGUCAACGGUUGCUUAAAUGGCAAUCAAAAUUUAGGACAGUAACCGGUAAAUUUUUCCCUUAAUCGCGUUUACCAUUUUUACAAAUCAGUACCGUUCACGUUUCCCAAAAACGGCCGCAAAGGCCUGAAACUGGUAUAAAAGACGGCCUUGAAGAAAAGGAACACGAAUUUCUGUUUGGAACAUCCCCGGGAAAACGGGAGUACCUUUUCAGAUGUUCCCUUGCUCCCUGAAUCGAUUUUUUUUCGAUGGAGCGGCCCAAAAUGUCUUGUUUUAUUCACUUUCCAACCGUAUUUUCUAGAAACCUUUUUGUAAAUGAUAAGCAACCAAUGUCUUGAAUUCGAAUGGAAUGACUGAAUUGAGCAUUAACUGACUGAUUCAUCACCUCGAGUGUUUUAAGCCUUUCUUUAAAUGUUUCGACGUUUCCAUUUAAAAGGUUGGUUUUGGGGAGAUCCUCAUUUCAAGACUCUGGAUGGCGGGAAUUAUACUUUUAAUGGCCUCGGUGAAUUUGUGAUGAUCGAUGCACAAAACGGAACCUUUCAACUGCAAGCCAGAACAGGCCUGGCCCAGGGAAACUCGACUACUGCCACUAUUUUUGCAGCUGGAGCUGCUAAAGAAGAAAGCACGAGUACCGUUGAAGUAAGAGUGAAGAAAGGAGGUAAGAAUCGAGCAAAAAAACAGUGGACAUUGUCACCCGCAAAAAAUUAAGAGAAAAUUACAUGCAUUAUAUAUGCUGGAAUUCUUUUGCGUCCCUGUGGAAUUUUUUUGAGUCCAAGACACAUGACGCGGGGGUUACAAAAUCACUGCAUUUAGGGGACCACAGAUUGUUCGUGAUGGAAGUGCCAGUAAGAUUCUGAAAUUUUGCAAAAGCGGACUAACAAAGUUGCCUUUGCCCAACAAGUUCAGGUCAAGAGUGAGGCCGUGCUGACUCUAGUCAGUUGAAUAGAUCCUCAUCAUAAUCCUUCUAUAAUAUGGAAAAGUUACUGAUGCAACUCAAACAGCGCACACGGUGGACUUAACUAAACAUUUGAUUUAAACAUAAACAUCACCGCAAAAGGCAAUCAUCUUUACCAAAAAACCUUCGUAAAGCCUAAGGUCCAUAUAAAAAUUGGAAUAGCUGCAUGGAAAUAAUAAACAAUGACAGUAAUCGUUGCGACAUUGAUCGCUGUGACAGAAUUUAGUUCUGUCGUUAGUCUGGUUUCUGUCUUAGUAGCACACGUAGCUGCGACGUUUGCCAUGAUUGUUCAGACCGCUAGACCUUAACUGGUGACCAUAACGAUGAUAUGGAAACCAGGAAUGCAGCUUCCAACGGCAAAAAAAAAACUUCAAAAGUAUUACAGUGUACAAGCACAAUUAUUUUAAAACAACGUUCUUUUUUUCUUACCCUGAUAGGUGGAAUUGACAUUUUGAUAGACCACACAAUUUACAGUAAUUACAGCAGCCUGACCAAUGACAGUGUGAACGUUGGGAGCAAUCUCUCCAUCUCGAAACCAGAAGACAACUGUCUCGAGGUUUCCUUUCCAUCUCUAACAUCUGUAAAAUUCUGCGAGAAAAAGGAAAUGAUGUCUUUUAUUGUAACUCCUGGCGAUGAUUAUAAAAAUACCACAACAGGGCUGCUAGGAACAUGGAAUGAUAACCCAAAUGACGACUUCACCUUGCCUGAUGGGACAGAGCUGCCUUCGUCUUUAACUUUAAGAGAGAUUCACUUCAAAUUUGGCGUUAAGUGUAAGUAGUGCAUUUAAUUGCUUAUCUUUU